CCGCUGCUGUUCCUGCUGCUCCUGCCAGUGGCCAGCACCUCAGAGGCUGAGCACCGUCUGUUUGAUCACCUGUUUGAAGAUUACAACGAGAUCAUCCGACCUGUGGCCAAUGUGUCUGACCCAGUCAUCAUCCAGUUUGAGGUGUCCAUGUCGCAGCUGGUGAAGGUGGAUGAAGUAAACCAGAUCAUGGAGACCAACCUGUGGCUCAAGCAAAUCUGGCAUGACUACAAGCUGAAGUGGAACCCAUCUGACUAUGACGGGGUGGAGUUGAUGCAUGUCCCCGCAGAGAAGAUAUGGAAGCCAGACAUUAUGCUGUACAACAAUGCUGUUGGAGAUUUCCAGAUCGAUGACAAGACCAAAGCCUUGCUCAAAUACACAGGGGAAGUGACUUGGAUGCCUCCGGCCAUCUUUAAGAGCUCGUGCAAAAUCGACGUGACCUACUUCCCAUUCGACUACCAGAACUGCACCAUGAAGUUUGGCUCCUGGUCCUACGACAAGGCAAAAAUCGACCUGGUCCUGAUCGGCUCCUCCAUGAACCUCAAAGACUAUUGGGAGAGUGGCGAGUGGGCCAUCAUCAAAGCACCAGGCUACAAACACGACAUCAAGUACAACUGUUGCGUGGAGAUUUACCAGGACAUCACGUACUCGCUGUACAUCCGACGCCUGCCUUUGUUCUACACCAUCAACCUCAUCAUCCCGUGUCUGCUCAUCUCCUUCCUUACCGUGCUGGUCUUCUACCUGCCCUCGGACUGCGGCGAGAAGGUGACCCUCUGCAUCUCUGUUCUCCUGUCCUUGACCGUGUUUCUCCUGGUGAUCACAGAGACCAUCCCGUCCACCUCCUUGGUCAUCCCUCUGAUCGGGGAGUACCUCCUGUUCACCAUGAUUUUUGUGACCUUGUCCAUUGUCAUCACGGUCUUUGUGCUCAACGUGCACUACAGAACCCCGACCACGCACACCAUGCCCACGUGGGUGAAGACCAUCUUCUUGAACCUGUUACCCAGGAUCAUGUUCAUGACCAGGCCAGCCAGCAGUGAGGGGGACGCGCCAAAGCCGAGGCCCUGCUACAGUGCCGAGCUGUCGAAUCUGAAUUGCUUCGGCCGCGCGGACGCCAAAGGCUGCAAGGAAGGCUACCCCUGCCAGGACGGGAUGUGUGGUUACUGCCACCACCGCAGGAUAAAAAUCUCAAACUUCAGUGCCAACCUCACGAGAAGCUCCAGUUCAGAAUCUGUCGAUGCUGGGUUGUCCCUUUCUGCUCUGUCACCGGAAAUCAAAGAAGCCAUCCAAAGUGUCAAGUAUAUUGCUGAAAAUAUGAAAGCACAGAACGAAGCCAAAGAGAUUCAAGACGAUUGGAAGUAUGUCGCCAUGGUGAUUGACCGCAUCUUUCUGUGGGUUUUCAUCCUGGUGUGCAUUUUAGGGACAGCAGGAUUGUUCCUGCAACCCUUGAUGUCCAGGGAUGACAUGUAGCUUACUCUGUGUGUC